CUUUCAAAAGUUACGCAACAAAAGCUCAUGAGAGCUCCCAGCCUGUGGGAGGGGCGAGUAGCUGCAACUUUAGUGUGGGAGACCAACCAACUCUCCAACUUACCAACUCUCUGUCCUUACUCUCCGCAUACUCAAGGAACCAGUCAUGGCUGCAGAAACAAAGCAGAGUUGUUAUGAGGGCAGUUCUGUCCAAAGCUUUCAGUUCUACCUUGAACACUCUGGAGAGCAUAAGGCCAUUCUCCAGUGUGUUUAUGACGUCCUGCCAGGAGAAUUUAAAAGAAUUGGAGCAGAUAAAAGCAGCUUGGAUGUUCUUGGUGUCGGAAGUGGUGGAGGGGAGGUGGAUGUCCAGAUUCUCACUCUGCUGCAGUCUACAUUCCCUGCUGUCCCAAUCAUUGCUGACAUUGUGGAGGGCAGCUCUCCGCUCACAGAUAACUUCAAAGCUUUGGUAGCAAAGACCACCAACCUUCAGAAAGUGCCAUUUGUUUGGCAUAUCAUGAACAGUGAGGACUAUGAGAAGCAAGUCAAAACAAAGGGAGACAUGAAGAGAUUUGACUUCAUACACAUGAUUCAGAUGAUCUACUAUGUGGAUAACCUCGCCAAUACAAUCAAGUUCUACCACAGCCUCCUGAAGAAGAAUGGCAGGCUUAUGAUCAUCAUUGAAGCAGGUAACGCUGGCUGGGACACCCUUUGGAAGACAUACAAGAAGGAGCUCUGUGUUGACGCAAUCACAGAGUACCGCUCAUCAGCAGAUGUUAUUGCAUGCCUGAAGAGUCAGGGUCUGAAGUACGAGGAGCACGCCAUUCUCAACACCUUCGACAUCACAGAGUGCUUCAAUCCAAGCAGCCAGACUGGAGAACGUCUGCUGAAUUUCAUGACAGCAAAAGAUCACUUCUACCAGUCCUUCACCCAAGAGAUCAGAGCAGGCAUGUUAGACCUUCUCAGAAACAAGUGCAGCACUGAAAAAGAUGGCAGGGUAAUGUUCAACAGUAAUUUGAGCUGCAUACUCGUUCAUGCUUGAGUAUGGAAAAAUGUCUUUUCAGUCUAUACUCACAUCAUUUAUUCUGUAUGUGUACCAAGCUGAUUAAUAAAACAAUUUAGU